CCCCUCAGGCCUCACCUCGUCUCCGGUCUCUCACUUUUCUCUCGGUCUCGGACUCAUCUCAGACUGAAGCUCGUCGUCGCGGUCUCGCACUCUGUCGCGCCUUCCCUGCGCUCGCUUCGUCAGCGGCAGAAGCAGACGGAACCAGCAUCUGGUCCCUCGGGCGGUGGUGGUGGUCGUCUUCUUGUUUCGGCCGUUAGUUCAGUUGGUCAACUUCCUCCACCCUCGGUCCCAGUGUGUGUGCAUCAUAGCUUAGUAUAUCUCAUUGCAUCUUGAGUUCGGAGAGAAGAGAUGGCUGGGCAAUCAGAUCCUGAGCUUUCACUGUUUUCAGCAGAGGAGCUUGAGUUCAUUGCUGAGGAUGAGAUUGUGGACAUUGUGCCCAAUCUCAAGAUGGGUCCUCUUAAUUUCAUCUCUGGAGAUUUUGGCCCGUUCAUCCCACAGAUUGUUGCCCAAGUACCGCUUUGGCUGGCUGUUGCAUUAAAAAAGAGGGGCAAGUGCUCCAUUUGCCCUCCUCAAUGGAUGUCUGUUGAGAAGUUGACUCAAGUUUUGGAAGCUGAGCGAAACUCGCAAGAGAUGUCAGAGCAACUGCCAUUUCACUAUGUAGAAAUUUCUAGACUUCUGUUUGACCAUGCAAAUGAUGACAUUUCGGAUGCAUAUAUGGUGAGAUCUCUAAUUGAGGACAUCAGAGAUGUACGAUUUCAUAAGGUUGAAACUGACCUGGAGGCAUUCAAUGGUCGCACAAUUGCUGUUAAGAUAAAAAAUUUGUCUGCCAUGGAAGUGAAUAUCGUUCGCCCAUUCAUCGGAAGAGCUUUACAGGCAUUCUAUAAGCACGAUAGUCCGGAGUUGAUACCAGAUCCGGAGAGAGUUCCUGAUAGGCGACCGCAAGUAGUCCAAAAUGCCCCAAGGAGGCAACUGCGAAGAUAAAGUACUUGCAGCUGGAUCUGUGCUGCUGAAUUCUUUGUACUAGGAUAGCUUGCGAGUUGAGACCUGAGUUCUCAAUAAUCAGGAAGAUACGACGUUUCCUUAUUUCUCAUAAAUUACACACGUUUGCAUGUAGUUUUGUGCAGUUAGCUAGCACGAUAAUCACCGUAACCCAUGCUAUGCAUUUAUGAAUUUCCUAUCAUGAUGGAAUUAUGGA